AUGCAAUUUAGUGGUAACGAUGAAUACAAACAAUCGGAGUUUACCAAUAAAGCAGAAGUAGGCGAUAACGAGUGCGAGAAUGGUGCAAAUUCGCCUCAACCGUCAAUAUCUAAAAAAUCACCACCACCAACACCCACAAGAACACGACGUCAUUCCUUAAUAUCAGAAGAGAAGUAUAAUCUGUUUUCGCCGCCGAAAGUCUACACUCCAAACAAAAUUGUUACCUCUGCAGAUGCUGCCUCACUAACAUCACACAAAGAUAAUUAUAUAAACUAUGAUAGUAGAAAAUUAUAUUAUUCUCAUCCAUAUAAAUAUGACGAAGAAAAGCAACCAAAAAGACAAUUAAGGAGUAGUAAUAGCUUUAAUCACUCUACUAACCAAGCUAUUGAUAUUGCAGAAGUGUUAGCUACGACUGUUUCUUUGGUACAAGACAAUAAUAGGAAAUUAGAUCAACUUUCAGACGAGGUUACAAGUGAACAAAGCAGUGAAAGCAAUAUGGACUCAGAUGACAAUUAUUCAUGGCAAUCUAGCAGGAGGGAGAUUAAAAAGGAAAUUGAUGAAUUGGCUGCUAAAUUAGAGUCGAUGAAAAAAAAAUAUGAGGAGCAAAUCCACUCAAAAAACAGGUUAAUCGAGGAACUCGAGUAUGCGCUAAAGAAGAGCGAGAAAGAUGGUAGAAGAAAACGUACCGAUAUUGAACGCUUGGAAACUAAGAUCGAAGCUCAAAAAAGAGCAUUGGACGAACUGAUUGAGCAGCAAAAUUUGAUCGCUAGAAGUCAAUCUCCUGAUUCUGAACAGGCUGAAGCUUUUCGACUUCUUCAACAAGAAUUAGAUGAAAAUAAUAAAGUUACUGAAGAACUUCAACAAAAGAUUCGA